GCAAAAUUGCGAUGAAGCCCCUGCUCUCCUCUCCUGCCGCUCUACUAAAAACUACUGUAUAAGCACACAACCCCUUGGCUCCUCGCGAGAUUACCAUCAGACUCCCCUGUUCCCGAUCAAGAACCGCAGCAUCAGCCAUGGCGAAGCCACAACUCCUUCUCUGCCUCCUAGUAGCCGCCGCGGCCCUGCUACUCGUCGCUGCCGCCAAGAAAUCUGGCGACGUGACGGAGCUCCAGAUCGGCGUCAAGCACAAGCCAGAAUCCUGCAGCAUUCAAGCUCACAAAGGAGACAGGGUUAAAGUUCAUUACCGUGGAAAACUUACUGAUGGAACGGAUUUCGAUUCUAGCUAUGAAAGGGGUGACCCAAUUGAAUUUGAACUGGGCACUGGCCAAGUGAUCAAAGGAUGGGAUCAGGGUCUCCUGGGAAUGUGCGUUGGUGAGAAGCGGAAGCUGAAGAUACCUUCAAAGCUCGGCUAUGGGCCUCAAGGAUCGCCACCUACUAUUCCUGGUGGAGCAACUCUCAUAUUUGACACCGAACUUGUUGCUGUCAAUGGGGAGCCAGCCAGCAAUUCAGACGACGACGACGCUGGCAGUGAGUUUUAGACAGCAGGGAGAGUAGGAUGGACUUCCAGAUCAAACGAAGUUCAGUUUUAAACAAAUAGAUGAAUGCAUAAACCAUUUUACUCGAGCACGGCAAAUGCUAUGCGUUCCGGGAUCCCGUAGAGAAAUGAACAUUUGUUCCAUGUAACUUCUUUAUGCUAUUCCAUAAGAACCUCUAGACGUUCUGGAUCAAGCUUCUGAUCUGUUAUUCCUUUUUUUAUACGGCUGUGUUUGGAGACUUAUUCUAAAGAUUUACUCGUUUUACAAUCA